AUGGUUCGGUUUAAAAUAGGUAGAUUCUUCGGUAUUUUUUGUUAUAAAUCAUUAUUAUGAUAUUAUUUAUUCAUUUACUUUUAUUAUAUAUUUCGUUAUUAAUUUUACGUAUAUUCAUAGGUAUACAAUAUUUGAAAUAACUCUCGGUGAUAAGUACACCUAAACCUCUGCAAUUAAAAGUUACAGCUUUGCACAAUGCUGUUCAACAGAAAAUGCAACAAUUGUACGGCGAUUUUGGAGUUGCAGCGAUAAAAGCUGGAUUUAGUGGUAAUAUAAAAUUUCAGUCUUGUAGCAGAAAAAUUAAACUUGAAAUAAAUGUAUAUCUGAUAAUUUUUUUUUUUCAGCAAAAUAUUGCAAUGUAUAUACAAAAAUUGCAUUAAUAAAAAAGUAGACAUGGUCCCCACAAAUUUUUAUUAAAUGACAUUCCAAUUAUAAAUGAUAUUGCAGGACAUUUAGUGUCAGUGAAAAUACUUUAUGUCGGUGUAAUGCUAAAACAUUUUUUUCUUUUUAUUAAAGUAAGUAGAACUGUCAAAUUAUCUAAAUACAUCCACAUUACAUGUCGCAUUAAUCAAAAUUAAAUGUAUGUUUUUCAGAAACCAACAACAAAAACUUAAACAAGAACAUCCUUAA